AGCUGAUGACGAUGGGCGCAUGUGUUGUCAUGUGACGUCACUCUGCCCGAGGACAGGCGUUGUUUUUCCGCACAGGAGGCUGAAGCGGGUCCGGUCCUGCAGGUCCAGAUCAGGAACACUCAGCUACAGGCCGGUAUGAGACAGUGAGAGCGCAGCAGAAGCAGAAGCAGAACCGGAAUCAUCUGCGAUCACCAUGACGACGCAGCCUUAGCGCUCAGCAUCCGCAUCCUCAGCAUCCUCCGCGGCUCAGGUGCGCCGUCAGUCCGUCAGGCAGGAUGGAGUUCAAAGAGCUGGUGGACACCGCCGAGAAAUGGUGCUCCGGGAAUCCGUUUGACCUGAUCUUCGCCGAGGACGUGGACGAGAGGAGGCUGGACUUCUACGCCGAGCCCGGGAUCUCGUUCUACGUGCUCUGCCCGGACAAUCUCACCGGAGGAACCGAUAAUUUUCAUGUGUGGAGUGAAAGCGAGGACUGUCUUCCGUUCCUGCAGCUCGCGCAGGACUACAUCUCCUCCUGUGGGAAGAAAACACUGCUGGAGGUGCUGGACAAAGUCUUCAGAUCCUUCAGGCCUCUCCUGGGUCUUCCAGAUAUUGACGAUGACGCAUUCGAUCAGUAUCACGCAGACGUGGAGGAGGAACCAGAGCCAGACCACCAGCAGAUGGGUGUGAGCCAGCAAUAAUGCCCACCAGAGAGGCUCCGCGCUGGGCCACAGUCUCUGCAUCGAGCCAAGCUCUCCUAACCUUACUCACCUGGCUCUUCUUCUUACAGUAUACACACAAACACACACACUGCAUCAUUACACCCUUUAAAAUCUGGACAGCUUUUCCUGCACCCUGAUUUUAACUCAAGUGAUCAUUAUUUUGAUCAAUAUUAUUUCUCAUUAACUUCUAAAGCAGAGACAAAACAGAUAUCGCAUAAUAUUUUUUUUUCAAUAAUCUGGAGGCAGUAGAUUAGAAACUUAAGUUCUGAAUGGAAUACCAGUGUACUGCAUACUGCUGCAUUGUCACAUGACCUCAUUAUGUCGCAUGUUUAAUUCAGUGUCAUACAGUUGUCAAAAUUACUGUAGGAUGUUUUGCAAUCGCAUCCAAAUUUGUGGUAAAAAAUGUCUUAAUUCUUGACAGUGUGAUCAAAAUGUAAAAGUUGCAAUUGGUAUCACGUCCUAUUCAUUCAUCAAAUUGGAAAUAGAAGGUAAAUGCUGCAUAUAGAGCAGGUAUUCCAUGCAAACACAAAAUUUACAUGGAAAAUAAUUAGUAUGCUGUUCUGGACAUAACACUGAAUUG